AUGGCGAAAGCUUCCCAUAUAUUGCAAAAAGGUGCUGUCGUCCAGCACACUGCCAAAGCCCAUAACCUGAAAGGUCAACUGCCUGAAGGGAGCAUGGAAUCUUUGGCAACAACCAUUCGUUUCGUCACGCUGAACUGUCGAACACUAUCGAGUGAACUCCAACAAGCCGCUCUAUCCAGACUUCUGCCAUGUCUCUGUAUGCCUUUUCCUGCCCUGCAGGAAAUACGCAUGAGACAUUGGUCCGUCAUCAGCAUCGAAUAUUACACUAUAUACUGUGGCGAUGCUGAUGAGAACAAAGUAGGUGGCUGCGCGAUAGCUGUGAGGAACGAUUAUAAGAACCUGGUGGAGGAGUUUGGCUCAACGUCGUCUAGAUGCGCCUUUUUACGACUGCGGGAUCGCAGAGGACGUAAACUCUGGAUCGUAAGUGCUCACGCACCUACGGAAACCGCUGAGGACAACAGUAAGGACGCCUUCUAUGAUGAACUCAAUGCGUUGAUGUCUAAAAUACCAAGCCAGCAGGUGGUCAUUGUCGGAAUCGACGCAAAUACGAAGAUGGGACCCGAACAGCAAUCCGAUGUGCUAGGAAAGUGGUACUAUGCAGCGGAGCGCACGUCAGACAACGGUGACCGUCUGGUCGACUUGUGCGAACAGACGGGCCUCAUCAUCGCUUCCACGUUUAAGAGGAGUCAUCGACGUCAUCAGCUCACGUGGCAGGGGUCAACCCUUUUAACACCUGAAGAGCAGCGCAAGCGGAAGAUCAGGACUCUUAAACUUCAGCUCGACUACGUUCUGGCGAGGAACAUUUCUCAGUCAGAUACCCGAAAAUCUAGAGCUGUUUGGGACGUCGCGUUCGACUCUGACCACCGUCCAGUUCUUCUCAGCUUCAAGACACGGUUCCAUAAGAGAAACCGAGGAGUUCCUCUUCAACUGAAAAUCGACAUGGCAGGUCUGAAAGACGAUGAAUGCAGAAGAAAAUUCCGCCAAUGUGUGUCUAUUCAUGUUGGAGUACGGACCAGGAAGAAGCUUAGCGAUGCGGAUUCCUUCACAAAGUGCAUCCAGGACGCUGCAAUGGAAACGCUCCCGGUUCUAUUGCAGCGGAAGAAGUUUGCCUUUGCAUCUGCGGAAACAAAGUCCACAUACAAUUCUGUAUGUGUCGCGCGCAGCGCUGGUGACUUCAACCAGGAAAAGCGUCUUAGAAGGAAGCUGCGUCGUCAACUGCAACAAUACCGCGAUAACGAGUGGACGUCAAGAGCGAUGGAGUUUGAGAAAGCGUGGGAGGAACCCGCGGAAAGCCUACGCUCUACUAGAACAGAACACUUCAAGACCUUGCUGAACCGGCUAGCACCGUCAGCUCCUGAACUCGAACACGUUCAUAGACCGACAUAUGCGGUUAGCGAGGAGCCACCGACCGAGUCGGAGGUCCUGGUCUGUAUUCAGAAAAUGAAGAAUGGAAAAUCUGGUGGAGGCGACGGGAUUAGCGCAGAAAUGUUAAAAUAUCUUCCUCCGUCUGGGAUUCGUGAGAUGACAAAGAUCAUCCGUUCAAUAUGGAUAAACGAAAGGAUACAUGAUUCGUGGAGACACGCUAUCAUAAUUCCUCUCCACAAGAAGUUAUCCGUCACGGGCCCAAGGAAUUAUCGAGGAAUCUCUUUGCUGCGUGUUAUGUACAAGGUACUGGAGCGCAUUAUCCUGGACCGACUCAUUAAACAUCGCGAAGAAACAACGCGCAACGAGCAAGCUGGCUUUCGUCCUGGCCGAUCUACGAUUGACCAGGUGUUCAUCGUCAGGAGAGUGAUCUAA